AUGCCGUUUCUAUUAAAUAAACCAGCAGAUGCGGUAGGCUCUGCCACCCCAGCUAUUGCCAUCGGCUUGUUCGCGGCAUUUGGGGGUCUACUAUUCGGCUAUGAUACGGGCACGAUCAGUGGAAUCCUGGCCAUGAAAUACUGGCGAGGGCUCUUCUCCACCGGCUACGUCAACCCGAAAGACAACUUCCCCGAUGUGACCUCUUCCCAGUCCUCGAUGAUUGUAUCCUUGCUGUCAGCGGGCACGUUCUUCGGUGCGCUGACGGCCGCUCCUGUUGCGGAUCAUUUCGGUCGACGGUGGGGUAUGAUCAUUGACUCGGUGGUCUUUUCGUUCGGCGUGGUUCUGCAGACCGUGGCUACUUCAAUCCCGCUGUUCGUUGCGGGAAGAUUCUUUGCUGGCUACGGGGUUGGUCUUCUUUCUGCCACCAUUCCUCUUUACCAGUCUGAAACAGCCCCCAAGUGGAUCCGAGGAACCAUCGUCGGCGCUUAUCAGCUAGCAAUCACCAUCGGACUGCUGAUCGCGGCCAUCGUCAACAAUGGAACCAAGGAUCGCAUGGACACCGGGAGCUACCGCAUCCCCGUUGCCCUUCAAUUUGCCUGGGCUAUCAUCCUCGUCGCUGGGAUGUUGAUGCUUCCAGAAACCCCCCGCUUCCUCAUCAAGAAAGACAAGCAUGAGAUGGCCGCCAAAUCCCUGGCUCGCCUCCGGAGAAUGGACGUCAAUGAAUCUGUCGUCGUGGAGGAGCUGGCCGAGAUCCAGGCCAACCAUGAGUACGAACUCAGUCUGGGCCAGGCCAGCUACAUGGAAAUUUUCCGUGGCACCUUGGGGAAGCGUCUGGCGACCGGGUGUGGUGUCCAAGCCUUGCAGCAGCUAGCCGGCUGUAAUUUCAUUUUUUACUACGGCACCCACUUCUUCCAAGCCUCCGGCAUCCAGAACGCCUUCACCAUCCAACUCAUCACCAACAUCGUCAACGUGUGCUCGACCUUCCCAGGUCUCUACAUGGUUGAGCGCUGGGGCCGGCGACCGCUUCUCCUCUAUGGCGCAGCCGGCAUGUGCGUCUCGCAGCUCAUUGUCGCCAUAGUCGGCACGGCAACCUCAUCAGACGUGGCCAACAAAGUCCUGAUCGCUUUUGUUUGCGUGUAUAUCUUCUUCUUCGCCAGCAGCUGGGGCCCUUGCGGGUGGGUCGUCACGGGCGAGCUGUUCCCGCUCAAGGCGCGCGCCAGGUGUCUAUCGAUCACCACGGCCACGAAUUGGCUUCUCAACUGGGCUAUCGCCUACUCCACGCCCUACUUGGUGGAUGCAGGUCCUGGCAAUGCCAAUCUCCAAUCCAAGGUGUUUUUCAUCUGGGGCGGUUUCUGCUUCCUGGCCGUUAUCUUUGUCUACACGUCGAUCUACGAAACGAAAGGGCUUAGUCUCGAGGAGGUGGAUGAGCUUUAUGCGAAAGUCACUUCGGCGUGGCAUUCGCCUGGUUUUAAGCCCUCGUCGAAUUUCAUAGAUGCGCUGGAUCAUAGGUCGAAGCUGGAUACGUUGGAGGAGGAGGAUUCCCAAGUGAAAAGUGAUAUGGAACACACGGAGAAGGCUUAA